ACAAAUGCUGGGAUGGCCUACAUGUCCUUCGUUUGGUUCAGAAUUGGACCACAGAAGUAUUUCAUUGUCCUCUAUAUACUUGUCUUUCCAGUUGGGUUAUCCUACUGUAAAGAUUGAUCUUUUGUACAUAGAAAUUUGAGAUCUCAAAUUUGGGUUCAAACAUUUUAUGUUACAUUAUUUGCAAAUUUCCAGAAUUUCACUUGGUAACCAAGUCUUAGUUAUGGAUAAUUCCCAAGUAGAUGUAGUUGUGGAGAACGGGAAGGAGAAAGCUACAAGAAAUACAGAUUCGAGUAAGAGAUGGCCGACGAUGAAGGAGAUUACAGAUCCUAAGGGGUCUUUCUUUCCCAAGUGGAGAAUGAUAUUUAUAGUGUCAUGUCUGUUUGCUGUACUAUUGGAUCCUUUGUUCCUCUACAUUCCUAUGAUCAAUGAUGAUGCCAAGUGCAUGAGUUUGGAUAGAAACUUGAAGAUAGCAGCUCCUGUCUUCCGAAUGGUCACAGAUGUCUUUUACAUACUGAAUAUUAUUCUUCAAGUUUAUAAAUCCAAGAAAUGGUUAGCUUUCAUCAAUGCAUUUUGGUCAGGAAGUUGCUCAUCUGUAUUAUCGAACUUGAGGAGUAUCUCACCAAGCAUAGCUAAGACGAUGUGGAAGUCAUACAUACUAAUCGAUGUUUUCGCUGUUCUUCCCCUUCCACAGGUAGUAAUUCUCAUCUUCUUUUCAAAAAUGAGGGGCGUGAGAUCUUUGAAUACAAGGAAGCUUCUGAGCUUUCUUGUUUUGGUGCAAUAUGUUCCACGGGUCCUUCGCAUCUACCUAUCGUGCAAGGAACCUAAAAAGUCUUCCAAAGAAGAGAUUGCAACAUGGGUCAAGGGUGUACUCAACUUCUUUAUGUACAUACUUGCCAGUCAUGUACUUGGAGCCUGUUGAUACUUUUUUGCUGUUGAAAGACUCACAAAUUGUUGGCAACAUGCCUGUCAAAAUGAAAAUGGAUGUGUUCCUAGUACUUUUGACUGUCACGAUCACAAUUCAUUGAGAAAUACAACAUUACUGAAUGACUUAUGCCCAGUAGAUCCACCAAAUGGAA